GGCGGGAAAAGGUGGCACCACUUCCCACCGCGCGGGCAUGGAGCGGGAGAGCGGCGGCGCCGCCGGCCCGUGCGAGGGGGAGGAGGGCGAGGAGCGCGAGGAGCGCGAGGGCUGCGCGGGGCUGUGGGAGCUGCCGGUGGAGCGCAGCGAGAGGCGGCCGGAAUGCGGCCGCUGCAGCCGCCCUCAGAAGGUGUGUUUGUGUCCAUUCCUGCCGAUACAUCCACUGAAAAUCUCCACCUGCUUGUAUAUAAUUCAGCAUCCUGCAGAGGAAAGUCGGGUUUUAAGGACAGUGCCUUUGCUAACAGCUUGUCUGCCUCCAGACAAAUGUAAAAUUUUGGUUGGUCGGCGUUUUAGUGAAGACAGGUAUCCUGAGCUAGCUGCUGUAUGCAGAAAUCCCAGUACUCUCAUUUUGUAUCCUGGAGCUGAAGCUACCAAUUUGGAAGAAGUCACUGUGAUGUCUUCUAGCCCACCAGUUAUGAUCAUCAUUGAUGGAACUUGGAGCCAGGCUAAAGAUAUAUUUUACAAAAAUUCUCUCUUCCGAUUUCCCAGGCAGGUGCAGUUAAAAACCAACAUUUCAAGUCAAUAUGUAAUUCGUACACAGCCAACAAACAGCUGUCUCUCUACGCUUGAAUGUGCUGCUGUUGCUCUCACUAUCAUGGAAAAAAACAAGAAUAUACAAGAGACUAUACUACGACCCCUUCAAGCUUUGUGCUCUUUCCAGCUUCAGCAUGGAGCCCAGAUCCAUCACAGCAAGGAGCAUCUUCUCAAAAAUGGCUUAUAUGACAAGCCAAUGCCAAAGAAUAAGCGCAAACUAAGAAGAAUGGAACUUUUGUUAAAUAAUGUAAAAAUAUAGGAAAACUGUACCUGCCAUACAGUGGGAUAUGUUUGCAGCUAGCCAAUGAAUGUGGAUCUGAAUUUAAUCCAAGGAUUUGUGCAUACUGUAACAAAGCAACUGGGAAGCCCUUCGUAGUUAAAAAGUGUUUACCUCCAGUAAAAUGAACAGUAAUGGGCAGAAUAAAAUCUUUUAUUCUUUUGUUCAGAUGAUUGAAGAUUACCCUAAUUUCCUUUAGAAAAAAAAAAAAAAAGAUGAAAAUUUGGAGCUUGGUUUAGAUUUAUGUGAUCUCUUGGAUGAAUAGUACCUGUUAGAUUUCUUUUGGAGAAGUUUGAUCACAAAACAGAAUGUCAGUGUAACAGACUGGGAAGACUUCAGAAUUUAGAAGUAUAUGGAAUUUUGGUUAUUUUAAUUUUAGAAUCUAAUUUUUGAAGGUUUUCAAACAUUAAUUCUUUAUGUUAUUUAGGUCACUAUGCAUAAGUCGUGUUUUUUGGAUAGUUCUUUUCAAUGAUGAGAUUUAUAUUUGGUCCCUUUUGAAAAUGAAUGUGUAUUUUACUAGGCCUUCAGAUUUAGUUUGUCUCUUAAACUUAGUUGUUUAAGUUAAGUCCACAAAUUUUUAUGUGAACCUCAACGCUUCUGGUUAAACAACAACAACAAAGUAAAGAAAACAAUAAAGUCAAUGUAGAGAAAUCAUUUUUUGGAUUAUAACUCAGGUGCUACAACUGAAGUUUCUCUUCUGCAGAAGGGGACAUUUUAUGCUUCAGACCAGCAGUAUACAUCACAUCCAUACCCUUACAAACUCGCCCUUACUACUAGGACAGUAAAGGAGUUAAACAAGUCCCGCAUGGACAGCCCACUCAGAAGUAUGGGGCAAUGACAAAUGGUUAUUUCUGGGUACAACUUACUAACAUGUUUGCAAAUCCAGUAAGUUUCUGUGUGCUCUUUGACUAGUUCUUCUCUUUUACCAGUGAUGUCUGUGUACUUUCUUCUAACAAGACUUGCUAGAAGCAGAGGAACUGAGUAUUUUUACAAGCUUUGUGAAUUAAUUGUUUAUAAUCUGGAGAGAAAAAAAAAAAAAAAAGUUAAAUAAA